AGCCGCGCUGGGGGCGGGGCGCGCAGGCCAGGCCCCGGCCGCGCUCCGGGCCUGCAGGGGGCGCUCCGUGUAGGCGGGUGAGCGGCUGGGCCUAUCGGGAUCGGGUGGCCGGGGCCAUGCCGCUGGACCACCGGCGCGUGCCGGGCCCGGAGGAGUCGCAGUCGCCGCUGCUGUACGCGGCCGAGGAGCCGGAGCCGGAGGAGGCCGAGGAGGCGGCGGGGCCGGGCCGGGACCCGGCGGCGCCGCGGCCGCUGUUCGCGCGCGCGGGGCUGCUGAGCCAGGCCAAGGGCUCGGCCUACGUGGAGCUGCGCGGCGGCACCAAGGUGCUGUGCGCCGUGUACGGCCCGCGGGAGGCGGGCGGCGCGGAGCCGGCGGCGCGGGGGCGGCUGCUCUGCGACUUCCGCCGAGCGCCCUUCUCCCGGCGCGGCGCGCGCCUGCGGCCCGGCCCGGCGGCGGGCGGGCGAGACCGGGAGCUGGCGCUGGCGCUGCGCGAGGCGCUGGAGCCGGCCGUGCGCCUGGGCCGCUACCCGCGCGCGCAGCUGGAGGUGGCGGCGCUGCUGCUGCAGGACGGCGGCUCCGCGCUCGCCGCCGCCGUCAGUGCUGCCGCCCUGGCCCUGGCCGACGCGGGCGUGGAGAUGCACGACCUGGUGGUGGCCUGCGCGCUCAGCCGGCCGCCCGCCCCCUCCGCCGCCGACCCGCCCGCCUGGCGCCUGCAGCCCAGCGAGCGCGAGGAGCGCGACGCCGCCGCCCGCCUCACCGUGGCGCUGCUGCCCGCCCUCGACCAGGUGUCGGCGCUGCUGGGCGGCGGCCAGGGCGGCGCGCCCGAGAGCUGGGCCCAGGCGGUGCGCCUCGGCCUCGACGGCUGCCGCCGCCUCUACCCGCUGCUGCGGCACUGCCUGCUCCGCGCCGCCCGCCGCCGGGCCCGCAGCGCCGCCGGGGGCGGGGGCAGCCACAGCCCGCCCGCAGCCACCGCCUGAGGGCGCACCCCGCGCCGGCGCCUGGAGCCCACGUCGGUGACGACGGGGACAGACCGUGCGGGAAGGCGCCGGCCCUGCGUGUUGCAGCCCGAGGCCCACCCGGUACCAGGACUUGGCACAGACCCCGCCUUCCCAGCCACCCCUGCCCGCACCGGACGCCAUUCGUCUCGCAGCUGCCUGUGCCCCUGCAUGGGUUUUCAAGCAUGUUUGGCCCCGAAUGGUUCCUGCCCCUCUUCAUGCCUGUUGCAGUCCAGGAGAUGCCCUGGAGAAUGGCAGACUUUCUUUGCUGGUGUUUCCACUUGAAGUUCAAAGCGGCGCCAUCUUUUUGUUGGUAGGAGUCCACUGCAUUCAGUAGUCUGGUGCCAACUCGCAUUCAACAUGUGCUGUGGCUUCCCUGGUCUUAAAUUUUAAAGGGAACUCUUUAGCUGGUUGCUGGAGAACAAGUAGUGCUGUCUGGUCAGCAGAAAAUCUGUUUGGUUACAUGAUGUCAAAUGUUUCUUUUCUACAAUUUUUCUUGUAACUUUUGAUUGGACCUUCGCUCUUCCCCAGACAAUUGUAUUUCUUUCCUGAAAAUUGUGUUUUUGGCUCUGAAAUUUGUGGAAGUCAAACUGGCGGACGCUACUGUGAUUUUGCUCAUUUUUUAUAAUCAAGGACUGACUGCUCUCCCUCUCUGGCUGCAGUUCUUGCUAGUAUUGGUUCUUUGCUUAUUAAUUCCACAUUGGCCAUACCAAUGAACAAGACAGCUCAGUUAAUUAUCCUUACAGGAAUUAUUAACAAGAUCCUUUGUGUUGAAUAUGCUUUCAUUGUGACCUUUUGGCCCUUGGACACAUGUUAACGUGGAGCUGUGUUACUGAUGGACUGGACUGGAUGAUGGUUUGGCUGUUGAGUUUAGACUUUGUAACUAAAACUUGAGCACCAGGUAGCACCGUAUCUUGGCAAAAUGCUGUUCAUGAAUAAGAUAUUUGUAUGCCCCCACCCAAGAGAAUGUAUCCAGGUAAUAUCUUGAGAGAGAUAUUUUUUUAAUAUAAUAAAUUGUACUUUUUACUGUGAACUUUA